AUGCUCACCUCUGAGCCCCUCCAACCGCCGAAACGAAGCGAGGUCCAGGUCGCCGUGCUCUACGCCGGGUUCGCCGGCUCCGAGGUCAACAUGGGCCGUGGCACCUACCCCGCCCAGCCCUCGCCGCCCUUUACCCCGGGCUACGCCAUGGUCGGGCGCGUCCUGAGCUCCGGUCCGUCGGCCCGCCGCGACUUCAAAUCGGGCGAUGUCGUGGCAGCACUCACCGUCUACGGCGCCGACGCCGAGCGCAUCAACGUGGACGAACGCCACCUUGUUCACGUCCCCGCCGGCAUUGACCUGCCUGUCGCAGCCGCGCUGCCGCUCAACUGGUGCACCGCGCUGGGGUUGGUUGAGCACUGCGCAAAAGUGCAGCAGGGCCACAAGGUCUUCGUGCACGGGCUCAGCGGCGCCGUCGGCCAGGCGGCCACGACGCUGUGCCUGCAGCGGGGCGCCACCGUCUACGGCACGGCGUCGGCGCGCAACCACGCGCGGCUGCGGGAGCAGGGCGCUCACCCCUUUGUAUACACGGACAAGGCAUGGGUGGCGGUCAUGCGCGAGCUGGGCGGCGUCGACUCGGUGCUGGACCCGCUCGGCUACGAGAGCUGGGACGCGUCGUACGGCAUCCUCGCCACGUCCCGACCUUCGGUCCUCGUCGGCUACGGGCUGAACCUGCGGACGAUGCAAGGGGAGGGAAAGGACCGGGUCAUCAAGUCGGCCAAGCUCGAGACGGCCAGGCAGCUCGCCGAGAUGGCCAGGUUGCAGGCCCUCAACCUCAGGCUGUGGGAGCACCGCAGCACGCGCUUCUACGCCAUCAGCCGCGACUCCAAGACGUACACGGCCGAUUUGGAGAAGCUGCUGGCGCUUGUAGCGGCGGGCGACAUAACGGUACCGAUCAGGAAGGUCUGGGGUCUGGAAGACGUGCGGGAGGCGCACCGGAACUGGGGCAAGGCCGAGGGCAUGGGGUCGGUGGUCAUCAAGGUCUCGGACUAA